AUGGAGAACAUCCAUGAACUUCAGCACCCACUUCUGGCAAAGUCCCCUGGGAGAGCCACCCUCCGGGGCGGAAUGCUGAGUCGGGUCGCCCCCCAGGACCACUCUGGACUGCUGUCCCAUCACAUGCCCCCUAACCUCUCCUGGCUCCAGCCCGGAUCCCACAUCCUUCCCAGUCAGCUCCUGGACCCUAGCAGCCUGCAGAGGACAGUCGAGCCCUUCUGCACCCCGGAACCGACCCUGUACCCCGAGCUGUGGAAAUCCAGCAACCCCCAAGGCUGGAAGAAGAAAGAUUAUAUCGAAACCGCCUUUGGAGACAGCAAGGAGGCCGGGGAGCUGCCCAGGAAGGUGCCUCUGGAAAAGGACAUCCACACCGUCUGCUACGAAGUGGGCGACACAGAGUCUCCGGACCUCGAGGUAAGGGCUGGGGCUCGAGGGGGGCUUGGCCGAGGGCCUCAAACGCAGGGAGUAGAAGCUUGUGGCUCACCUCUUGCGGAAGGAGGCGUCAGACCCGUUCCUGAACCGCCACUGCUGUCAGUAGCAAAAGGCACAAAUUGUACCGUGGCCAAUUGGCAUAGCUGUCAGCUUUUCCCUUUUCUUGCGAGGAAUCCUAUUCGGAAUAAGGGAAUUUCCCUUUAAAAAGGGGAAACGUUGACAGCUAUGCCAAUCGGAUGCCCAAAUGGGAAGCCCAAGUAAUAAUAAUAAUAAUAAUAAUAAUAAUAAUAAUAAUAAUUUAUUAUUUAUACCCCACCCAUCUGGCUGGGUUUCCCCAGCCACUCUGGGCGGCAUUCAACAUAAUAUUAAAAUACAGUAGUCUAUUAAACAUUAAAAGCUUCCCUAAACAGGGCUGCCUUCAGAUGUCUUCUAAAAGUCUGGUAGUUGUUGUUCUCUUUGACAUCUGGUUGGAGGGCGUUCCACAGGACGGGCGCCACUACCGAGAAGGCCCUCUGUCUGGUUCCCUGUAACAUGGCUUCUCGCAGUGAGGGAACCGCCAGAAGGCCCUCGGCGCUGGACCUCAGUGUCCGGGCAGAACAAUGGGGGUGGAGACACUCCUUCAGGUCUACUGGGCCUUUGAGGCCGUUUAGGUCUUUAAAGGUCAGCACCAACACUUUGAAUUGUGCUCGGAAACGUACUGGGAGCCAAUGUUGGUCUUUCAGGACAGGUGUUAUGUGGUCUCGGCAGCCACCCCCAGUCACCAGUCUAGCUGCCGCAUUCUGGAUUAGUUGUAGUUUCCGGGCCACCUUCAAAGGUAGCCCCACGUAGAACGCAUUGCAGUCUGAGCAGGUAGUGUCAGGAGGAGAGCUUGGUAUGGAUAGCAUUGGCUGGUGUCCAUUGGGACUGGUGGAGCAGGAGGCCCAACGUCAGCCACAAACGACAACCGAAGGUAGACAAGAGCCAACUCAUUCCCUGCUGAAUUCUGCAAGGGUGUCGCUGAGACGACCAAAUUCUGGACCCUCCAAUCUCUCAUGAUGCCAAUAAAUAAACAAACAAACAAAGGACCUCUCCACAUGACCCUGACUCAAACACCCUGCACAAGCACUUUGCAAUACAGUGGUUGCCUCAGGUUACAUAGGCUUCAGGUUACAUACGCUUCAGGUUACAGACUCCGCUAACCCAGAAAUAGUACCUCAGGUUAAGAACUUUGCUUCAGGAUGAGAACAGAAAUCGUGCUCCAGCAGCACAGCAGCAGCGGGAGGCCCCAUGAGCUAAAGUGGUGCUUCAGGUUAAGAACAGUUUCAGGUUAAGAACGGACCUCCAGAACGAAUUAAGUACUUAACACGAGGUACCACUGUAGAACCAAAGUUAAUUUCCCUUCCCAUCUCUCUUUCCCCACAAUGACAAUAGUGUCUCAUACCGAAUGUAUGAAAAAGACUAUAGGAAUUGAAAGUGGAGGUGCUAUAUGUACACACGUACACACACACACACACACACGCACACAGUUUAAUAAAAACUAAUUUAAGGAGAAGGAAGCUGGGAAGUAUCAUCACCACCUGGACAGGUUAUAAGGAAGAAGGUAGACUGGGCUCCCCUCGGACCAGAACAGAAGCAGACAGUUGGCGGUGCUUACUAUUAAAAAGUUUGCAAGGUGUUUUUUUAGAUAGGGGGAAGUUGAGAGAAGGUAAGGGGCAUCCAGCUGAGGGGGUAGGUAGUUAUUCAAAGCCACAGAAGCUCAACUGCUGAGCAUAGGAAGCAGCAAAUCCACACCUUGGGCCGGCCCUCCCAUUAGGUAGGGUGAGGCAUUGGCACCAAUUUCCAACGAGAUCUCGCAAGAUCUCGCCGAAAUCACACGAGAUGGUUAAUGAGCGAGCCAGGUUAAUGAGUGAACCAGGGAUCUGUUAGAAGCAAAGGAGCUCCCUUCUAAAAAAUGGAAGUUUUUUUUCUUUUCAUUUUUUCCGUUUUCCUUUUUUUUUUUUUUUUACCAACAACCAAAACACAAACAGUGAAAACCCCCAGGCGGCUGAUACAUUGGGUAUACAUAAUCAAUAAUAACAUAUUCACAUCAGCCAUAUGUACAAUUCUAUAUACCUUAACACUCCUCCCUCCACAAGGUUUAUUUAACUUUUAACAUUUUAAUUGCCCCAAAUUGUUCAAACCUGCCCAAAUAAUUCAGUACCAAUAAUUCAAACCAAUCCUCCUCCUUCUCAGUGACCUUAAACCCUUUCACUAAAAAUGGAAGUUUUAUCCAAAUGAGAACAAAACAGAACGUAAACUUUCACGAAGCAGACAGACAGAUGGGCCAUAGGAGAAGCGGAAAAAUAAUUUCAGGAGCAUAUUGCUAAAACAUGAAGGCUACAUUCAGGUGACAUUUUAUUCUGUCUUCCUGAUACUUCCUUACCUGUACAGUAGAUUUUUGCAUUACAUGUCUGAUGACCUUUCCUGUCAUGUUCUGCUAAGCCUACUGGUGCGAACAAUAUUUAGCCUGACAUGGCAGUAUAUAGGUUCAAAGACCCAACAGGUACUGUAUUGCAAACGGAAUAUUAGAAAUUGGGUCAGAAAUGCUAGCAUAAUAACCAGCAAAACUAAUUUUGGAAAAUAUUUAAGUGCAUCAGAAACAGCAAACCAGCUAGGAAGGGAAGUUGGACCGUUAGACGACAAGAGAGGUAAAGGUGCGAAAGCAGGAUAAGGAGAUUACAGGAGAGCUGAAUGACUUCUCUGCUUCUCACUAUGGAAGAUUUAGGUCAGAUACCUGUGCCUGGACUGAUCCCCCCCCCCCCCCGAGUCUGAAGAACUAAGGAAAAUAGCGGUGACAAGAAAUGCCAUUCUAGGCUUUAACUGACAAGUUAAAAAAUAAACAAAUCAACAGGUGUGAAUGGUGUCCGCCCAAGAGAUUGUGAAGAGCUGAAAUGCGAAAUUGCGGAUCUCCGAAAGGGGAAUAUUUGACUUGCCAUUAAAAUCAACCCCAUUCCUUCAGUGCACCCUUUUACUCUCUCCUAAAUAUGGGUCCUGGGACGCGGGUGGCACUGUGGGUUAAACCACAGAGCCUAGGACUUGCCGAUCAGAAGGUCGGCGGUUCGAAUCCCCGCGACGGGGUGAGCUCCCGUUGCUCGGACCUUGCUCCUGCUAACCUAGCAGUUCGAAAGCACAUCAAAGUGCAUAUAGAUAAAUAGGUACCACUCUGGCGGGAAGGUAAAAGGCGUUUCCGUGCGCUGCUCUGGUUUGCCAGAAGCGGCUUAGUCAUGCUGGCCACAUGACCCAGAAGCUGUCUGUGGACAAAUGCCGGCUCUCUCGGCCUCUAGAGUGAGAUGAGCACAGCAACCCCCGAGUCGUCCACGACUGGACCUAAUUUUCAGGGGUUCCUUUACCUUUACGCUGGGAGACUAGGUCCAAUAAUGGUAUUAGACAUGGCUGCUCUGAGUACCAGGGACUGAGGAUAAAGUCUGAGGGAUGUGGCCAUCAUGCCUUGCUCGUACCUCUCAAUCUUCAGGAUGCCGCUUUUGGACGAUUCUUGAAGCCCCUCUACACUGGUGUUGUUUUUGCGGGCAAAUUCUGCAACAUGCCAUUGACCCGGAAGCUGUACGCCGGCUCCCUCGGCCAAUAAAGCGAGAUGAGCGCCGCAACCCCAGAGUCGGUCACGACUGGACCUAAUGGUCAGGGGUCCUUUUACCUUUACCUUAAAUAUGGAUCCUAUUGCAUUUCAUAUAAUGAGAGGGAGAAAAAACCCUCUGUCCAUUCUCUGCACACCAUGAUUUUAGUAGCUACUCCACAAGCAGAGAGCCAGAGCAGGAUGUUAUGAGCAGGUGUGGAACAAACGCAUCCAUUUGGAUCAGCAACUGGUUAAGAGUAGGAAUAAAUGGACAGUUACCUCAAUGGAGGGGUGUAGAAUACCUUCAGAUUGGUAUUGGGACUUUUUCAUAAACCAUCUAGAGCUAGGAGUGGCCGAUUUUGCUGAUGGCGAGAAAAGAGUUCGGAGUCAUUAAAACGAAAGGGAUUGCAGACAGCUAUAGAAAGGAUCUCUCCAAACUGAGCGAACGGGCAGUAAAAUGGCAAAUGCAACUCGGUGAGUCAAACAAGCUGGAUUCUUUGUUUGUUGGCAGGCAACGAUAAGCAGUUACGUCAAGCAGCAUUAAACCAUCGAGAAGUUUAAAAGGUUAAAAAGUCGUUAGAAAUGAAUUAAAACCCUAUAAAGACCAAAAUAACACACACAAAAAAGGCACCAGACUUGCAGGUGCUGAUCCUGCGUCUGCAAUCACAAUUCAGUGUAAAGUGUUGCACAUAUAUAUAUUGGGGCUAUCAUCUAUCUAUCUAAUCUUAAUUUCACAUAUACGCUCAUGGGUUCUGAACUGGCAAUGCCUGACCCUGGAGUUCUGGUGGAUGACUUGUUGAAAAUGUCGGCUCAGUUCUCAGCAGCUGUGAAAGAGGUUAAUACCACACUAGGGAUCAUUAGGAAAGGAAUUGAAAACAAAACUGCUGCAACCGCGAUGCCAUUGAACAGAUAUAUGGUGCGGCUGCGUUUGGAAUACUGUGUCGCCUGACCUCGGAAGGGCAUUACAGAGUUGGGAAAGGUUCAGAAAAUUAUCAAGAGGAGGGAGCGAGUCCUCUAGGAGGAAAGUUUGCAGCAUUCGGGACUUUUUAGCGUAGAGAAAAAGUGAGCUAGAGGGGACAGGACGGGAGUUUAUAAGAUGAUGGAGGAAGCGGAUGCAGAAAAGCCUUUUCUCCCUCUCUCAUAACACCAGAAUUCAUGGACAUCCAAUGAAACUGUAGUAGUAGUAGUAGUAGUAGUAGUAGUAGUAGUAGUACAGUGGUACCUCAGGUUAAGAACUUAAUUCGUUCCAGAGGUCCAUUCUUAACCUGAAACUGUUCUUAUCCUGAAGUACCACUUUAGCUAAUGGGGCCUCCUGCUGCCGCCACACCAUUUCUGUUCUCAUCCUGAGGUAAAGUUCUUAACCCAAGGUACUAUUUCUGGGUUAGCGGAGUCUGUAACCUGAAGCGUCUGUAACCUGAGGUACCACUGUAGUAAUAUAUUAUUUAUACCCCAUCCAUCUGGCUGGGUUUCCACAACCACUCUGGGCGGCUCCUAACAGAAUAUUAAAAACAUUAUAAAACAUCAAACAUUAAAACUUCCCUAAACAGGGUUGCCUUCAGAUGUCUUCUAAACGUUGGAUAGUUGUUCAUUUCUUUGACAUCUGGUGGGAGGGCGUUCCACAGGGCGGGCGCCACCACCGAGAAGGCCCUCUGCCUGGUUUCCUAUAGCUUCACUUCUCACAGUGAGGGAACCACCAGAAGGCCCUCGGCGCUGGACCUCAGUGUCCGGGCUGAACGAUGGGGGUGGAGAUGCUCCUUCAGGUAUACUGGGCCGAGGCCAUUUAGGGCUUUAAAGGCCAGCACCAACACUUUGAAUUGUGCUCGGAUGGACAAAACAAAGCACAUCCUUACAGAGCACAUAAACUAUGGAACUCCCUCCCACUAGAGACAGCCUCAUGGAGGCUAAGCAACAUCUAUGAACCACACUGACUCAGCUUGGCCUCAGCAGUUGGAAGCAGCAAUGGUUCUGACUACCCGUUGCUGAAAAUGGCAGGAAGGGAGAGUGCAGUUGCUCGCAGGCUUCCCAGAAGAGGCGUCUGGUUGGCCACUGUGAGAGCAGGAUCGGCCGUUGACCGGAUCCAGCCGGGCUCUCCUCCUAUUAUUGGCGUUCUUUCACCAGACCUCAGAAUGAACGAAGCCAACGCUUGCUCUCCCCUUCCCUCCCUAGAAUGACUCCUCAAGCGACAGCGAUACUGAGAGCGAGAGCAGCUUCUCCAUGCUGCUGCCGCAAGAUUACCUGGGCCUAGCGGUCUUCUCCAUGCUGUGCUGCUUCUGGCCACUGGGCAUCGCUGCUUUCUACCUGUCCCAAAAGGUGGGUGUCGCUGAGCAGGGAAAAGCUCGCAAAGGGGGCAGGUUUAGGAUAGAUGCUAUACUGGAGUGGAUGAAGUGAAUGAAGUUUAUAUAUAGCUGAUGGACAAAAAGUUCUUUAGCAUCUUAACCUGUCUCCUCUUUUCUCUCCAAUUCUUUUCCUACUCCUUUUUCUUUAUCCCUUCCUCUUUCUUUUCCCUCUUCUCUCUCUCUCUUUGCCUCUGGAUUAAUGUUUUAGUUCGGACAAAAGAAAGCAUUUGACAAUACUCUUUGCAUUUUUCUUUUUAAAGCCUAAAAAAUGUAUUAGAUGGAGAACAGGGCUGGUUGCAAGCUGCAGAAAUCAACUUGCCACCAAACACUUGGUUUGAGAGAUGUCAUUUGUCUAAGGCAGGGGUCAGCAAACUUUUCCAGCAGGGGGCCACUCCACUGUCCCUCAGACCUUGUGGAAGGCCGGAGUAUUUUUUGGGGGGUGGGGGGGGGGGAAUGAACGAAUUCCAAUGCUCCACAAAUAACCCAGAGAUGCAUUUUAAAUAAAAGGGCACAUUCUACUCAUGAAAAAACACGCUGAUUCCUGGACCGUCCGCAGGCCGGAUUUAGAAGGCGAUUGAGCCAGAUCUGGCCCCUGGGCCUUAGUUUGCCUACCCAUGGUCUUGUUGGGAUACUGCCAGGGAGACAAAGGCCAUCAUGCCUCCAUGUCGAUUCCGGACGAUCCAUCGAUCUCCCGUAGAUACAGUAUCAGUCAAUUAGCGACACGAGCCUCAGAAAUAGCUUGCCACAUUCCAGGGCUCGUGCACGCCCUUUCAGCAGAGUUCGCACAACGAAAGAUGCACUCAGGAGAGCAUUAUUUACAACUUUAUUCAGCGUUGGUCAGAACAAAGGAAAAACAUGACUGCCUGUCUGCGUGUCCAGGCACAGAGAGAAAAACGACAGCUAUAUACAAAACAGAAACAUCCUGUGAACAGGAAAUACGCAGGCUGUGACACAACAACCUGCUCCCUUUUUAAGGUGGAACGGAAAUAUCCUAACAGGUCUAAGGUCACUGAAUUGAACAACAGCAAGGAAGGGGUGUGUUGGGAAUGGGAGAUGGCAUCUUUUCCACAAGGAGCCGAGACACAGCAGUCAACAGCAGGGGUCAGCAAACUUACCCUGCCUCGGGCUGGUGUCUCCAGUGCCGAUCACACCACAGGCUGGAGGGAGGGGGAGAGCGUGUCCAUACGCAUGUGCACACGCUAUUUCCGGUGCACUUCCGGGUCUGAGGAGCACCAGAAAUAGCUUGUGCGCAUGUGCACGGGCCUCCUACGACCCGGAUGUGCACCGGAAAUAACGCUUACGCAUGCACAAAUAACGCUUGCGCAUGCGCUCAAGCUGUUUCCGGUGCUCCUCCGACCCAGAAGUGGGCAGCCACGCAGCGUAGCGCCGGUAAGAGUGGACGGCGGCAGUGGGGAUCGCUGCGAGCCGGAUAAACGAGUCCCUCAGGCCUUAUCCAGUCCAUGGGCCUUAGUUUGGGGACCCCUGGUCAAGAGCCUGCAGAGUCUGCGCAUGCCACUUGAUGCAUCAUGUAUCCCAGGCCACGUUAGCUUAAAACAAUAGCUACAGCCAUUGCCAAGUUCUAGGCUCAGGAACUUGAGCCCGUGCACCUGCCUUUCCUGACAUUAAAUCCGCUGCCUUUUCUCCCCAGACCAACAAGGCGUCCGCCAAGGGCGACUACCCGGGAGCGUGGACGGCCUCUCGCCAAACCUUCGCCUUGGCUGUCUUGUCCAUCAUCCUCGGCAUCUGCACCUACAUCGGAGCGGUGGUGGCGCUCAUCGCUUACCUGUCCAACAAGGCCCCGACCUAG